CCGCGCGGACAACGACGGCGGAGCGCGCGAGCGAAAGUUCCCCGCCGCGCCGUUUUCAGUGCCGACGGAGCGUCCGACGCACCAUCACCAACACGACGACGGCUGCGGUGGCAGUGACGGUGACGGGCCAUCUCUGUAGCGGUAGUGUGCACACGAUCGUGAACUCGUGACCGGGGGCGACAUCACCACCAUCAUGACCAGCCAAGGCGUCGUGGAACGUGCCAGCGCCGAACUGUCGAAGCGCAUCAACGGACUGACGCUGCGGGCUGCCAACAAACCGUCGACGUCGAAUUCCGGCGGCGGCGGUACCGCGGCCGGCACGACCGGUUCGCCGUCCCGAGCCCCGCGAACCGGUACCAGUGUCAUGGAACGGGUCACCAACGUGCUGUGCGGUGGCGGUACCGGUGGUGGCGGCGGUGGCGGUCUAAUUUCCGGAGGCUCCGGUUCCGGCGGCAUCCAGUACCCGCGGUUCCGCGGCCGGACGCCUGUCCGCAACCGCGUGGCCACGUACCGGAUCAAGCGGCCGGUCACGUGGUCGGAGAUGAUGCGCGACGAGCAGUUCCUCAACGGUUUCUUCAUGUACUUCUCGGCCGCGGAGCGCGUGCCGCUGUCUCGCGUGUGCGUCCGGUGGCGCGACGUGCUGUACAGAUCGCCAAAGUUCUGGUACAACGUGCGGCCGGUGAUUCGCUGCAAACAGCUCAGGUCAUACAACUACGCGGAUAAGGCGGCCGUGUUCAAGUCGUUCGUGGCCAGAGAGAUGACGGCAAUCACCAUUUACGGCGCCCAGGACCAGGACACGGUCGAGUUCGUCAACACGUACCCAUUUCCCAAUAAAAACAUAUUGGCGCUGUGCUUGCAGUCGUCCAGCGUCACCGACAGGGGAUUGGAAUCGUUCUUAGACCAUUUGCAGGGUGUUUGGCAACUGGAGCUAAUCGGGUGCAACGAGAUCACGGAGGCCGGCCUAUGGGCAUGCUUGACGCCCAGAAUCGUGUCGCUGACCCUGAGCGAUUGCAUAAACGUGGCCGACGACGCGGUCGGCGCCGUGGCUCAGAUGCUGCCAGCCCUCAACGAGUUCACGCUGCAAGCGUACCACGUCACCGACGCCGCCUUGGGAUUCUUCUCGUCCAGGCAGUCCAACAGCCUGUCCGCGCUCAGGCUGCAGUCGUGCUGGGAGCUCACCAACCACGGCAUUGUAAAUAUUGUUCACUCACUUCCCAAUCUUACUGUACUGAGUUUAUCAGGUUGCAGUAAAAUCACCGACGACGGGAUCGAAUUGAUCGCCGAAAAUCUGCCAAAAUUACAAAUAUUAGACUUAUCUUGGUGUCCUCGUGUUACCGAUGCAGCCCUCGAAUACAUUGCUUGUGAUUUAGUUGGAUUGGAGCAGUUGGUAUUAGACAGGUGCAUACACAUAACUGAUAUUGGUAUAGGGUAUAUCUCAACAAUGAUAUGUUUACAAGCGUUAUUUCUACGUUGGUGUUCACAACUACGAAAUUUCAGUAUACAACACUUAUGUGGCAUGCGACAUCUAAGGAUACUCUCACUUGCUGGUUGUCAUUUGUUAACCUCCAGUGGUUUAUCCAGUUUGAUCCAAAUGCGACACUUAGAAGAAUUAGAACUGACAAAUUGUGCUGGAGCAUCGCCGGAAUUAUUGGAAUAUUUGCAUGAACAUUUACCAUCAUGUUUAAUCGUCAGAUAGAUAUUCAUAAAACGUAAACACGACAAUAAUGGAGAGUUGUUAAUUAUUUUUUAUUCCUUUUUUGAUUGUUUAUUUCUUUUCUUUUUUUACUUUUUUAAACAUCCUUGAGUUUUGAUUUUCAGUAGGUGUUUUGAGUCUGUUAUAAUGUCCGCACACAUAUCAUAUACCCCACAAUACAUUUAUUAUUUUAUUUAUUUAUUUUUAUUUUUAAGAUUUCUAUUUUUAAGUAAAAUUUAUUGUUAUUUCAACUUUUGGAAUUAAUUGAAAUUACAAUAUUGUACACACGUACUAUUAAGUCAUUCUCGCCUAAAAACACUAUUGUGAUUAGGUGUUUGAAAAUGUAUGGUAUUGGCCUUUUCAAUGCUUGAAAUAUUGUAAUAUGUACCUAUGUACAAAAUGUGCAAUAAUUAAAAAUAUAAUAUUUAAUUUAACGGUUUCUAAUAAACCAUUAACUUUAAGUCAAUAUCAAAGUAAAAAAAAAUUGGCCGAUCAUGGAAAAAAAAACUAACAAAGUUAUGUUAUUAUUAUCUUAAGACAAUAUCAUAAAGCAUUUACGAGUUUGAAGUAGACAAAAAAAAUAGUUUACAAAUGUGAACCGAAUAUUAUAUAUAGGGACAUAUUAGCCUUCAGUCUACUACAAUAUUAUAUUCUGUCUAGGUUAUAAUGAUUUGGCUCUAAUGUUUAAGAUGUAGGUGCGCAUGAUUAUAUUAUUUAAAUUAUGAAAUGAUUCAGAUGUCAAUGCUUAAAUUAUGAAUAUGAUUUGUAUUGUGUAAUAAUAAACUUACCGGCCCAAUAACCAUUUAUAUAACGUAGGUAAUGCCUAAUAUUAUCUAUAACCUAUAUAUUUAUAUAUGAUAAUAAAUAAUUAUAAAUUAUAUUAUAAACGUGCAAUUAGAAUAUUGAAAACUUACCAAAGUUGUAUAAUAUGUUACCUUUAAGUUGAUGAUGGAAGAAUUUUAGAAAAAAAUUGUUUUCAACAGACUCGCUAUACAUGUAAAAUAUCUAUUAUUUCUUCGUUUAUUUAUUUGUAAUGUUUAAAAACUAAACAAUAGGUAUAUAUAUUUAUAGAAUAUUCAACGUUAAAAGACUAUAAGCUAAAAAAACGUAUAAUAAAUAACAAUAAUGUUCCUGGUGGAUUCAAUACGAAUAAUCGUAGAGAAGAAUAAAUAUGUCGUUAUUCGUUAUCGAAAA